ACUCCAUAGUAACAUAGUUAAGCAAAUUGAGUGGAGGGGAAGGAGGAAUUGCAACAGCCUCGAAGCUAGUUAAUACUAGUGGAAGGUUGUCUGCAAAAAGGAAAAAGAAAAAAAUCACUUUAAUUUCAUCAUUCCUAGGGUAAAUUUCAAUCAAGAUAUAUGGUUCGUGGAAAGGUUCAGAUGAAGCGGAUUGAGAAUCCAGUGCACCGGCAGGUUACCUUUUGCAAGCGCCGAGCAGGACUUCUUAAGAAGGCUAGAGAGCUCUCUGUGCUGUGUGAUGCAGAAAUUGGCCUUCUUAUUAUCUCCGAUCAUGGAAAGCUCUAUGAACUAGCUACAGAAGGGACUAUGCAAGAGCUAAUUGAGAAGUACAUGAAGUCCAGCGGCGGCCACCGGCGGGGAGAUCAGCCUGAUGAUCAUAUGACCAUGGAGAUGUCCCAGAAUCUGGAUGUGGUAAAAGAAGAGGUCCACAUGCUGAAACAAGAGAUAGAUACACUCCAAAAAUGUCUCAGUAGGUACAUGUUUGAGGGAGCAAUUGAAGUUGGGACAAUGCCAUUGGAUGAACUGCUUCUGCUCGAGAAGCAUCUUGAGCUUCGGAUUUGUCAUGCACGUUCAGCAAAGAUGGAUAUAAUGCUUCAAGAGAUGCAGUCGCUGAGGGACAAGGAGGGCAUGCUGAAAGCCCUAAAUACGCUUCUCCAAGAGAAGGCACAGGAGAGCAUUGGAGCUGUCACUAACUUUGCACCAUUAGUAGAGGCUGUCAUGCCAGAUCCACUAACCUUGCCGAAUGAAAUAUUUCAGUUCUAGCUAAUUAUGGAGUUUCCUGUGACGAACUUAAUUUCUUAAUUAGUAUGUUGUGAAAAAAUACUUUGUCUAUAAUAUAUGUUUUGUGUCAUGCCAUGUGCACGUCAUGCAGAAAUAUGAACCGGGUUGAUAUGAUGAA